GACUCAUUUGUAGAUUAUUUAUAAUUUAACUCAUUAUAAAACAUUAAUACAGGCUUGGUAUUGUGACUCAUGCCUGUAAUCUCAGCACUUUGGGAACCUAAGGGGAAAGGAUUGCUUGAGGCCAGGAGUUUGAAACCAUCUUCAGCAACACGGCGAGACCCCAUCUCCACAAAAAAUUUAAAAAUUAGCCAGAUGUGGUGGUACACACCUGUAGUCCUAGAGCUAAGGCAGGAGGAUAGCUUGAGCCCAGGAAUUCCUGGCUGCAGUGAGCUAUAAUCAUGCCAGUGCCCUCUAGCCCUGGGUGACAGAAGGCGAUUCUUUGUAGAAAACACGAAUUAAGCAGGGGAGGGUGUGCCAAGGUGGCUGACAGAAGGCAACACCAGAAUGCAGCUCUCAGCAAAUGAGAUGCAGAGGGCUAGAGGACUUCACGAUUCCAGGUGAGGUACUGGGUUCACUUCACUGGGACUGGUAGUGCACUGAAAAUAGCCCAGGGAAGGAGCUGCAGGGCGAGAGCUGCGUAGGGAGGGCAAACCGAGACAGGACAGGGCAAGUCCCCACCUGGAACGUGCAGCCAGCUCAGAGGGUCGGGGUUGUCACCCCCUCAGUGCUCUGAUUCAGAUCCUGUGCUUACCUCAUCCCUUCUGCAACCUAGGGUCCACAAGAGCCCUGCAAGACUGAGGGGCACUAUGGGUUGUUGAUGCAAAUCUGAGCAAUGGCUCCUGCCAGGUACUGCAAGUUGUCAGUGGAAGUUUGGACUAACACCAGGGGAAUGGACCUGUCCCACAGAAAGAGGCAGAGUUAAAAGCAGGGAAACAGGCCAUAAGGCCUGGCAGGCCCCACCCCCCACAAAACUCAAACUGAAGCCCACGCGCUAGAGGGCUUGGUAGCAAAUACACCAGUUUAACCCCAACUGGGAAGCUCGAGCUCGGGGAAGGAGAAUAUGCCAUUGGGAAGGUGGGGCUAAUCUCAGCUACAAAGGAACUCCAGGGAAGGACCACCCACCCAGCAACCUGACUGAAUCUGAGACACCCCAGCAGCACCUCUACAGGCCAAAAAAGAUAUAGCUCCAACCUCAACAGACAGGACAUCCACUCAGAGACUUUUCCCCAACUUCAAAGAUCAAAGGGAGAUAAAUCCACAAAGAUGGGAAGAAACCAGCACAAAAGGAUGAAACCAUCAAAGCCCAGAACACCUCUUCUCCUCCCAGGGAUUACAACUCCUCAUUAUCAAAGGAACAAAACAAGACAGAGAAUGAGUUUGAUGAAUUGACAGAAGCAAGCUUCAGAAGGUGUGUAAUAACAAACUUCUCUGAGUUAAAAGACCAUGUUCUAACCCAGUGCAAAGAAAUUAAGAAUGCUGAAAAAAAGGUACCUGAAAUGCUAACUAGAAUAACCAGCUUAGAGAAGAACAUGAACAACUUGAUGGAGCUGAAAAGCAUAGUACAAGAACUUCGAGAAGCAUACACAAGUUUCAACAGCUGAAUCAAUCAAGCAGAGGAAAGGAUAUCAGAGACAGAAAAUCAAAUGAAAUAAAAUGAGAAGGCAAGAUUAGAGAAAAAAGACUGAAAAUAAACGAACAAAGCAUCCAAGAACUAUGGGAUUAUGUGAAAAGACCUAAUCUAUGCUUGAUUGGUGUACCUGAAUGUGAUGGGGAGAAUGAUUCCAAGUUGGAAAACACUUUUCAGGAUAUUAUUCAAGAGAACUUCCCCAACCUAACAAGGCAGGCCAACAUUCAAAUCCAGGAAAUACAGAGAACACCACAAAGAUAUUUCUCAAGAAGAGCAACCCCAAGGCACAUAAUUGUCAGAUUCACCAGGAUUGAAAGGAAGGAAAAAAAUCCUAAGGGCAGCCAGAGAGAAAGAUUGAGUCAUGUACAAAGGAAAGACCAUCAGACUCACAGUGGAUCUCUUGGCAGAACCCCUACAAACUAGAAGGGAGUGGGGGCCAAUAUUCAACAUCCUUAAAGAGAAGAAUUUUCAACCCAGAAUUUCAUAUCCAGACAAACUAAGCUUCAUAAGCACAGGAGAAAUAAAAUAUUUUAUGGAUGAGCAAUUGCUGAGAGAUUUCAUCACUAUAAGACCUGCCUUACAAAAGCUACUGAAGGCAGUAAUAAACAUGGAAAGGAACAACCAGUACCAGCCACUGCAGAAACAUACCAAAUGGUAAAGAACAAUGAGGCAAUGAAGAAACCAAAUCAACUAAUGGACAAAACAACCAGCCAGUAACAAAAUGGCAGGAUCAAAUUCAAACAUAAUAUUAACAUUGAAUGUAAAUGGCCUAAAUGCCCCAAUCAAAAGACACAGACUGGCAAACUGGAUAAAAAGUCGAGACAUAUUGGUGUGCUGUAUUCAGGAGAUGGAAGAAGAUUUACCAAGCAAAUGAAGAGCAAAAAAAAAAAAAAAGCAACAGUAGCAGUCCUAGUCUCUGACAAAACCGACUUUAAACCAACAAAGAUCAAAAGAGACAAAGAAGUGCAUUACAUAAUGGUAAAAGGAUCAAUGCAACAAGAAUAGCUAACUAUCCUAAAUAUAUAUGCACAAUCACAGGGAGGCUGAGCAACUUGCUCCUGAAUGACAAAUGGAUAAACAAUGAAAUGAAGGCAGAAAUAAAUAUAUUCUUCAAAACCAACAAGAAAGAAGACACAACUUACCAGAAUCUAUGGGACACAUGUAAAGUAGGGUCUAGAGGGAAAUUUAUAGCAGUAAAUGCCCACAUGAGAAACAAAGAAAGAUCUAAAAUCGACACCCUAUCGUCAAAAUUGAAAGAGCUAGAGGAGCAAGAUCAAAAAAACUCAAGCUAGCAGAAGACGAUAAAUAACUAAGAUCAAAGCAGAACUGAAGAAGAUAGAGACACAAAAAACCCUUCAAAAAAAUCAGUAAAUCCAGGAGCUGGUUAUUUGAAAAGAUCAACAAAAUAGACAGAACACUAGCUAGACUAAUAAAAAAGAAAAGAGAGAAGAAUCUAAUAGAUGUAAUAAAAAAUGAUAAAGAGGUGAUCACCACUGAUUCCUCAGAAAUACAAACUAUCAUCAGAGAUUACUAUAAACAGCUCUACGUGCAUAAACCAGUAAAUCUGGAAGAAAUGGAUAAAUUCCUGGAUACUUACACACUCCCAAGACUAAGCCAGGAAGAAGCUGAAACCCUGAAUAGACCAAUAUAAAGGUCUGAAGUUGAGGCAGCAAUUAAUAGCCUACCAACCAAAAAAAGUUCAGAUCCAGAUGGGUUCAUAGCUGAAUUUUACUAAACACAUACAAAGAGGAGCUGCUACAUUUCCUGUUGAAACUAUUCCAAACAAUACAAAAAGAGGGAGUCCUUCCUCUUUCUCUGAGACCAACCUCAUCCUGAUACCAAAAUCUGGCAGAGAUACAACUAAACGAGAAAAUAUGGGCUAGUAUCCAUGAUGAACAUUGCUGUAAAAUCUUCAAUAAAAUACUGGCAAACUGAAUCCAACAGUACAUCAAAAAGCUUAUUUACCACCAUCAAGUAGGCUUCAUCCUGGGGAUGUAAGGCUAAUUCAACAUACGCAAGUCUAUAAAUGUAAUUCUCCACAUAAACAGAACCAAAGACAAAAACCACAUGAUUAUCUCAGUAGAUGCAUACAACAGCCCUUUAUGCUGAAAACUCUCAAUAAACUAGUAUUGACAGAACAUAUCUCAAAAUAAUAAAAGCUAUUUACGACAAACCCACAGCCAAUAUCAUACUGAGUGGGCAAAAACUAGAAGCGUUCCCUUUAAAAACUGGUACCAGAAAAGUAUGCCCUCUCUCACCACUCCUAUUCAAUAUAGUAUUGGAAGUUCUAGCCAGGGCCAUUAGGCAAGAAAAAGAAAUAAAGACCAUUCAAUUAGGAAAAGAAGAAGUCAAAUUGUCCCUGUUUGCAGACAACAUGAUCAUAUAUUUAGAAGACCCCAUUGUCUCAGCACAAAACCUCCUUAAGCUGAUAAGCAACUUUAGCAAAGUCUCAGGAUACAAAAUUGAUGUACAGAAAUCACAAGCAUUCCUAUACACCAGCAACAGACAAACAGAGAGCCAAAAUAUGAACAAACUCUCAUUUACAAUUGCUACAAAGGGAAUAAAAUACCUAGGAAUACAACUAACAAAGUAUGUAAAAGAUCUCUUCAAGGAGAACUACAAACCACUGCUCAAGGAAAUAAGAGGGGACACAAACAGGUGGAAUAACAUUCUCAUGCUCAUGGUUAGGAAGAAUCAAUAUUGUGAAAAUGGCCAUACUGCCGUAAGUAAUCUAUAGAUUCAGUGCUGUCCCCAUCAAGCUACCACUGACCUUCUUCAAAGAACUGGAAAAAGCCACCUUAAACUUCAUCUGGAACCAAAAGAGAGCCCACAGCCAAGACAAUCCUAAGCAAAAAGGACAAAGCUGGAGGCAUCACACCACCUGACUUCAAACUGUGCUACAGGGUUACGGUAAUCAAAACAGCAUGGUACUGGUACCAAAACAGAGAUAUAGACCAAUGAAACAGAAUAGAGGCCUCGGAAGCAACGCCACACAUCUACAACCAUCUGAUCUUUGACAGACCUCACAAAAACAAUCAAUGGGGAAAGGAUUCCCUGUUUAAUAAAUGGUGUUGGGAAAACUGGCUAGCCAUGUGCAGAAAGCUGAAAUUGGAACCCUUCUUUACACCUUAUACAAAAAUUAACUCCAGAUGGAUUAAAGAUUUAAACAUAAGAAUUAACACCAUAAAAACCCUCAAAGAAAACCUAGGAAACACCAUUCAGCAUAUAGGCAUAGGCAAGGACUUCAUGACUAAAACACCAAAAGCAUUGGCAACAAAAGCCAAAAUAGACAAAUGGGAUCUAAUUAAACUCCAGAGCUGCUGCACAGCAAAAGAAACAAUUAUUAGAGUGAACUGGCAACAAAUAGACUGGGAAAAAAACUUUUGCCAUCUACCCAUCUGACAAAUGGCUAAUAUCCAGAAUCUACAAAAGACUAAAGCAGAUUUACAAGAAAAAACAAACCAACCAACCCAUUCAGAAGUGGGCGACGAAUAUGAACAGAUACUUUUCAAAAGAAGACCUCUAUGAAGCCAACAAACAUGUAAAAAUGCUCAUCAUCAUUGCUCAUUAGAGAAAUGCAAAUCAAAACUACAUUGAGAUACCAUCUCAUGCCAGUUAGAAUGGCAAUCAUUAAAAAAUCUGGAGACAACAGAUGCUGGAGAGGAUGUGGAGAAAAAGGAACACUUUUACACUGUUGGUGGGAGUGUAAAUUCGUUCAACCAUGUGGAAGACAGUGUGGCAAUUCCUCAAGGAUCUCGAAAUAGAAAUUCCAUUCGAUCCAGCAAUCCCAUUACUGGGUAUAUAUCCAAAGGAUUAUAAAUCGUUCUAUUAUAAAGACAUGCGUACACAUAUGUUUGUUGCGGCUCUGUUUACGAUAACAAAGACCUGGAACCAACCCAGAUGCCCAUCAAUUAUAGACUAGACAAGGAAAAUAUGGCACAUAUACAUCAUGGAAUACUGUACAGCCAUAAAACACGAGUUUGUAUCCUUUGUGGAGAAGUGGAUCAAUCUAGAAACCAUCAUUCUAAGCAAACUGACACAAGAACAGAAAAUCAAACACUGGAUGUUCUCACUUAUAGUGGACAGGCCAAAAUCUCAGCAAGUUCGAACCUCUAGUACAAUAAGGCGAACCUCCUCUUUGGAUACAAUAACAGGACCUUACCUCACAGGACAGUGGCCACGGGAUCCUCAUGUUCACUACCCUUCAUGCAUGAAAGACAAAGCUACUCAGACACCUAGCUGUUGGGCAGAAGAGGGUGCAGAAAAGAGGUCACAUCAGCGUUCUGCAUCAUGGGGGAGUGCUGAUCAACUAAAAGAGCAGAUCGCCAAACUGAGGCAGCAGCUACAACGCAGUAAACAAAGUAGUCGUCACAGUAAGGAGAAAGAUCGCCAGUCACCUCUUCAUGGCAACCAUAUAACAAUCAAUCACACUCAGGCUACUGGAUCAAGGUCAGUUCCUAUGCCACUGUCAAAUGUAUCAGUGCCAAAAUCAUCUGUUUCACGUGUGCCCUGCAAUGUAGAAGGAAUAAGUCCUGAAUUAGAAAAGGUAUUCAUUAAAGAAAGUAAUGGGAAGGAAGAAGUAUCCAAGCCAUUGGACAUACCAGAUGGUCGAAGAGCUCCACUCCCUGCUUAUUACCGAAGCAGUAGUACUCGCAGCAUUGACACUCAGACACCUUCUGUCCAGGAGCGCAGCAGUAGCUGCAGCAGUCAUUCACCCUGUGUCUCCCCCUUUUGUCCCCCGGAAUCCCAAGAUGGUAGCCCUUGCUCAACAGAAGAUUUGCUCUAUGAUCGUGAUAAAGACAGUGGGAGUAGCUCACCGUUACCCAAGUAUGCUUCAUCUCCCAAACCAAACAACAGCUACAUGUUCAAACGGGAGCCCCCAGAGGGAUGUGAGCGAGUGAAGGUCUUUGAGGAAAUGGCGUCUCGUCAGCCUAUCUCGGCCCCUCUCUUUUCAUGUCCUGACAAAAACAAGGUUAAUUUCAUCCCAACCGGGUCAGCUUUCUGUCCUGUAAAACUUCUAGGCCCUCUCUUACCGGCUUCCGACCUUAUGCUCAAGAACUCUCCUAACUCUGGCCAGAGCUCAGCAUUGGCAACUCUGACCGUAGAGCAGCUCUCAUCCCGGGUUUCCUUUACGUCUCUUUCUGAUGACACCAGCACAGCGGCCUCCACGGAGGCCUCUGCCCAGCAGCCAUCCCAGCAGCAGCAACUCCUGCAGGAACUGCAGGGUGAGGACCACAUCUCUGCCCAGAACUAUGUGAUCAUCUAAAAAAGGGGGAGCUGGCCUCCACCCUACCUUCCAUGGAUUAGGAACAAGAUUUCAGACAUCUAUCUGCAUGGAGUGACAAACUUUCUGAACCACCACCACCACCACCAAUACUUAUCAGCAUCAUAAAAUAUCUCAACACUGAUCUUGGCAGGGAUGGAACUCCUGUUCAGCAGUUUUUGUGGAAAGCAGUAAUGCUUGCAAAACUUGUGUGUCAUUCAGCAUUUUAAGUGGAGACUAUGCAUUUCAUAGUAUGUUUGAGAUUAGUACUUUGUCCUGUGUUUUGUUCCAGAUUCUUCAGUAUAAAUAAGCUCUAUAUCAAAAAGUUGCCUGUCUAAAUAGAAAAUGUCUUGCUGUGUUUUGUCCUAUGGAAAAUACUGUACUUCAGGAUUAUGUUUACAAUUGACCCAGGUGUUUGUUUCUAACUUCUGUAAUACAUACAAUGCAAAAAAAAAAAAAAAAAUGGCCACAACAGUUGCACAGUGCCCACCCUAUGGCCUAGCUUCAGGUACUUCAGUUGAAGUCUAAACUCAGGUAACUUGGAAUGUAUAUCAUAUUGGGAUAUUAAACAUUUCACAGCUAAAAAGCUAAAGAGGGAACAUCACUCUUUUGCCUUUCCUCAUUUUAUGCAUUUCCCUUUCCUCAUUACAUUCCAUAUUCUUAGAAUAAGAAGUGCAUUCAAUCCUAGGAGAAUGAUAAUCCUGGACAUGGGUGAACAUGAGGAGAACCAGCAAAUCUGUGGUGUUUGACAUCACUUUGUCAUGUGGUUACAAGUAAAACAACUGUUGGAUUCACUGUUUCAACAUGUGUACAUGUGGCUUUUUUUAAAAGUUCAGGUGUUGCUCAGUAAAGGACUGUUAUAAUGUUGCAAAUAAAGUGUUCAGUACUAGACUGUACCUAAACAUUCCACAUUGUGUGUGAUGAAAUUUAAAGACAAGAAUGUCUAGAUUUAAUUUCAAAGCAAGUAAAGUGUUUGAAGGGAUGGUUGAGACUUUUUUAUGUUGGCCAUCAGGGUCAUAACUGUUACCAUUUAAUCUAAAGAUGUAUUUAUGUUUAGUUUCUCUCUUGGAAAUUCUUUAUUCUGCAGGUGAAAACUGACAUACUUUUGGUUAUUGUUUUCCAGUUUAGGUGCAUGACCUGCAUUUGCAUAGAAUACUUGGGUCUCAGAAUUGAUGCAACAUAAAUAAGCAGGCUUUUUGGUAACUUACAAGAGCACUAGUUUGAAGCUAUCUCAUUUAAGCCUCUCGUAAUACACAAUCAUGAAUAGUUUUGAAAUUUGCGAUGUUUGAAGUAGAGCAUAAACUCAAGAAAAUAUCCUUAAACUUGCAAACUUUUGACAUAAGUUCUUCACCAAGUGUGAAGAGAGUGCUAGGUAUUCCUGACUGGGCAGCAGGAGAGCCUUACUUUCAUCGUUUCGUCAGUACAGAGUAUCCAAAAGCAAAGUGAAGAUUUUGUAUUUGUAUUCCACUGCUUUCAGUUCAGUAACACUUAGAGUUGUUUCAUCUGCACCUAAGGUGCAUGGCACAAUUUUCUUAAGAAUUAGGGGAACAAGGUGCCUACAGUUAAAGGAACGUUUCAGUUCCCUUCAUUCAUUCCUGGGUUUUUCUCUGUUUUGUUCAUUUUUUUAAGAAGGUUGAAGAAGGAUGAGGCGAUAGAGAAGAAAGCAACACCAUUGAUUUUUUUUAAACAAAUGAUAUAUAUAUGUAUAUGUUUGUGUGUGUGUAUGUGUAUUAUUUUGUCAUAAUCCCAAUUCUCGUCUUUCCACCAAAGUUUGCCGUAAUAUUUUCUCCUGAACAUGCAUUCUGGCUCCUUUAAAUUAGUCAGUGUUAUAUAGUAGGAGACUGUCAUGGGAAAAAGGACUCAGUUUACUUUUGCCAUUUUCACAGGGGAACCUUUUAAAACAAUCUUUUCAGCAGCAGAUACCUUUAACCCUAAUAAUCUCAGGCCUUCAUGAAAAUAUUAUAUUUUGUAGAUCAUGGUUAAAGGGAGAAAAUUACUAGUUCCGUAAGAUAAAUAUGAGCUCCAUUUAACUUCUGAUAUCUGGUUUAGCAUUACAUAAUAUGUUGAUCUUAUGCUCUGCUUUUGUCCAAAUAAAAUGCAAUAGUAUCAAUAUCAAUUUCAGAAAAAUGGACUGAAUAUGCUUUUUUGGUGAUUAAAUCUGAUGUACGAUAUUUAUAGUGACGUGCUUUUAUUUUCUCAUGAGAUACUAAAUAUUGUGUUGUACAUUUGUUCUUAGCAUAUAUUAAAGUUUUGAACCAAAUGUGUUAAAGCUUAUGCUUUGCCAUGUAAAUUUCCCAGAAGUUGUUGAGCUCAAAUGUAUCCUACAUCCAGCUGUAGAAAUUUGUCAGAAAUUGCUUAAAUUUUGUAUAUAAUUGUACUGUUUAAUUCUAGCCACUGCGCUGAACAGUAUUUGAGUUACCAUACAAUAUGGCUUUACACAAGGAAAUGUGUGGCUUUUGUUUUGUAUUUUUUCAGUAUAGAAGUUCCUGUGUCUUAUUUAAAUAAAGUUAUUAGUAAAACUGGAA